GUCUGUAACGGAAGACAAGAAUGUGGUGAUGAGUCAGAUGAAAAGGAAUGUAAGGUUCCAGUCAUUGAACUGAAGCUCCAAGGGGGCAUGAAGCCACACCAGGGGAGGGUUGAGGUCAAAGCUUAUGGAGAAUGGGGUGUGAUCUGUGAUGACAAGUUUGGGCUGUCGGAUGCAGAAGUCAUCUGUCGUCAGCUGGGCUAUUCUUUGGGAGCCUUGAAGACAUUUUCUGGUUCAGCAUUUGGCUCUGGAAAUGGAAAGUUUCUCUUGGAUGACCUGACCUGCACAGGGAAUGAAUCUUCCAUCGCCGAGUGCCAGUUUCCUGGCUGGGGACAGCAUGACUGUCAUGCUGAAGAAGUAACAGCUCUUCUUAUCAGUUUCAUCUCCAUUUACUGUUCUCUGUACUGUAGGGUCCACUGCACAGAGGUGGACUCAGGACUUAUGCAAAACACACAAAAAGAUGUC